CUUGUCUCACUGAACAUCUUGACUCGAAGAUGAACACGUGGUGUACGUUCGUGCUGUUGCUACCCCUGCUGCGGGCGUCGCUAACUCAUGAAGUCACGGUUCAGCUUGAUGAACUCGCGACUGCUGUUGGUGUUGAGAAGUGUCGUCUACGUCCACGCGGACACGCGUCAAACCAAGAGACGGUUGUCCUCUACGACGACGAGAAAUUGAUAUAUAAUUUCUGUUUGAAGAAAAGGAAAUCGUUUUCGCUAGAAAAAUUGCGGUACUCCAAUGACGGCCUGUCGGAUCUCCUGACCUUCCAUCUUGAUUACCAGGAGGUCGGAAGCUGGGUAACGCGAGAAAAACGUGGUGAUGGUGUAUUAUGGAACACUAUACUGGAAGUCGAAAAUUUCGGUGAAAAUGUAAGUGUCGAAGCGGGCAAUCAUCAGUUGACGGUCAAGGUGGAGGACGGUGACCAGUAUGGGGUAGAGCUGGACUCACUGACCUUCAGCCUGGACACAACAGAUGCUGACGACGAUAGCCAAUGCAGGAUCCCCGGAUCACAAGCCAUUACGCCUCUCUUCGGAGGAUGCGACCCAGACCAAACCGCAUGUGGCUUACCCCCUCCCUUACCAAACGCGGACGUUUCGUUCAAGGGGAGGUACGUCGGUGCAACGGCAACGUACACCUGUCGCCCGGGAUUCCUCUUCUGUGGGAGAAGCACCAAACACCGGUGUUCCAGCGUGGGAGAGUGGGAGGGGCUCUAUGGCUCGUGCUAUAGGGCGAGUUGGCCACACCCAAAGCCGGGAGUGGAGUUUGAUGUGUCACUUCCCUGGGGUAUUACUGACCAGUACUCGCUCGAGAUUAUAGCCACGCUAACGGUCCGCCAAAGAUUCACGGUUUCUCUCAUCUCCAACGACAUUCGGCUGUUCUACUUGGAAGUCCGUUUCGAGAGCACUUCAUCCAUCCACGCGAACGUGUACCUGUCAUCAGGUUUAUCAAACAUACAACCCUUUACGCUGGGGAAGCAGUUCCGGCUGGUGGUAGUACGACAAGAGCAUACCUUUCAAGUGAUUGUUGACGGAGAAUACAUCGGGGAACAGUGCAACACCUACCCGUCCUUCCACACAGACCGGUUGGUCAUCAGCAGAGAAGUCACAAUCGAGCAAGUGACCUACAUCAGUCAAGAAUUCAAGUGACCCUGAUCAAAGAUGGCUGCCUGUAUUGCGGAGAUACGAUCGUUUAAGUUGUUGAAAUAAAGACUCCUAACGUUAUGAAAGCAAA